AUGGCCCGCAUCAUCGACCUCGAGCCCUGGGAGGACGGCUGCACCCACGCGUGCACAGCGCCGGUCAUCCUGCUCCCAGUGCGCAGGCGCAACCAGCUGGCCGGCGUGAAGCAUCAGCUGUAUCACCCCGCCCUGCCCACGCUGCGCCGCAUGGACAUGGACUCCGUCAGAGGCUGCCUUUCCGAUGAGCACAGCCAGUCCACUACCUACUGCCAGGAAGAUGAAUUUGACAACGCCUACUUCACACUCCUGGGCGUCCCCAACAAACCCCUGCAGUGCUUGGACAUUACAGCAACUGGCCGGAAGGUCCGUGACAGGUGCCGCAAGGGGACGCUGGCGCCCUUGACUCCAGGCAUCAGCAGGGUGGACUGGCCCUGCUUCACCAGCGCUGUGGAGGACUGGUCCCACUUUGUGUCCUCGGCUGGCGAGUUCAAGCUGCCCUGCCUGGGCAAGAGGGUGGAGGGUUUCAGCAGCUAUGCGGUGCGGUACUUGAAGCCGGAGGUGACUCAGAACUGGCGGUUCUGUCUCACCCAGAACCCCAGCCUGGAUCGCUAUGGACAGAAGCCCCUGCCUUUCGACUCCCUGAACACUUUCCGGCGCUUCGGCUCCUCCUACAGUCGAGUCAACUACCUGGUCCCAGCGCCCUGUGUCAAAGCCACGCUGUGGAGCCCCAAGUGUCCCCCCAUUGUGAGAGCUGAGAGAAGAGACAAACGCGCCAAGACCUGUGGUGGGGAUGCUGGGGUCCCGGCUGGGAGACGGAUCACCCCACUCGAGGCCUCGCCGGGCCCCUCGCUGCAGGCUGGUGGACACACCCCGGAUGCCAUCGCUGAAUUGGAGCUGCGUCUAGGCCGGUGGGAGACAGGCACAGCCGACGCAAACCAGAAAGCCGCGCGCCUGCCCAAGAACAAAGGAAACGCAGUGGAAGGCCCCAGCAAGCCUGACGGCGAAGUCCUCUCAAGCAUCCCCAUGGCCCGCUUCUUCACCAUGAAGACAGGAGCAAGUGGCCUCCGCCCACUGUCAGUGUCCCUGCUGCCCAACGUCCAUGGCAGCUUCCCCUCCCCCUCCAAGCUUGCCUUUGAGAAGCAGGAGCCUGAGUCCCAGCUGGCCCCAGGUUACAGGGAUGGGACAGAAAAUGGGGAGCGAGGGGAGGAGGCUGGCUUGGCGGCAGUGGGUCACCGUGAGACAGGCUCGUGGGCUGUCACAGACCGGGAGGACCCCAGGGAGAUGCUCUGGCCUUGGAAGGACUCAGAUGUUGUCCAGGGCGUCAUGGCAGCACAGACCCUGGGUCCAGGCCGGAGCAGCUGA